CGUGACCAUGUUAUCGGGCUCCAAAAACUCCUUUAAAAUCCAGCAGCACGCGCCGGGCCCUGCGCUGAGAGGUCCAAAGUCCUCUGACAUGAACAGCAAGAGAAACAGAAACGGCCAGGCUUUCCCGUGUAUCCCAGGGGAACAUGUCCUGGAAGAGGCAGCUCGCGUGAGGAAGAUUGUCCGCUCCAGGGAUGGCGAAGGAUCCAUCCUGGGCACACUGUAUUGCACCAACCUGAGAGUCGCCUUUGUGCCAGAGCCGGCCCCGGGUGACACGGUGGGGGCCCCUCGCUGUUCCACUUGCCUGCACAGUGAGCACGACGUGGCCCUGCCCUGCAUCGGGAGGCUGGUGGCAGUGAACAGCUUCACCAAGGCCAAGGUGCUGACAGCCAACUCUACCCUCAAGUUCAUCCCGGAGGAGCUGGUCCUCUACUGCCGGGACUUCCGGGUGCUGCGUUUCCGCUUCCGCGACAGCGGCUUGGAACCCCGGGCCUGUCAGGUGACGCUGGCCAUCGUGCAGGCUCAGGAGAGCAGCAGCGCCAGCGCGGGGACGUGGUACGACAGUGGCGCUAUAAGGAACCUGGAGAACGCCUGGCUGAGCACGGAGGAGUUGUUGUCCCCCCCGACGCUGCUCUUCGAGAGGCCCUGCGACUGGGAGAAGGAGCUGAGGCGGCUCGGGGCUGCUGGCUGGAGGGUCAGCCCCGUCAACGAGCGCUUCGACAUGGCCACCAGCCUCCCCAAGUACCUCUGGGUCCCCAGCAGGCUCCUGGACAACGAGCUCAAGAGGGCCUUCGGCCACUUCAACGCGAGGCGCAUCCCGAGGCUGUGCUGGCAUCACCCGGGAGGCAGCGACCUGCUGAGAGCUGCCGGCUUUCACGCCGAUUCAGACCCCGAGAAGGAAGACGUGAGGUCUGUGGAAGUGCUGAUGCUCGCCGGCCACGCCCAGUGCGUGAUAGUGGAGACCGCCGCCGACCUGCCCAGCCCUGCAGAGAUCCAGUUCUCUUACCUCAAGCUUCGGGCCCUCUGCCUUCCUGACUCCUCUGUGGCCGAUGAGAAGUGGCUCUCUGCCCUGGAGGGGACACGCUGGCUGGAGCACGUCAGAGCUUGUGUGAGGAAAGCGAGCGAAGUGGCUGCCCUGCUGGUGGAGAGGUCCCGCUCCAUCAUCCUGCAAGAGUCAGACGACCGGGAUCUGAACUGCCUGCUGGCCUCCCUCGUCCAGGUCCUGUCGGAUCCCCACGCCCGCACCCAGUCUGGGUUCCAGAGCCUGCUGCAGAAGGAGUGGGUGGUGGCAGGGCACCCCUUCCUCCAGCGCCUCAACCUCCUCCGGGACAACGACCGCGAGGAGUCUCCGGUGUUUCUGCUUUUCCUGGAUUGCGUGUGGCAGCUGCUUCAGCAGUUCCCAGCAUCCUUUGAGUUCACAGAGACCUACCUGGUGGCCCUCCACGACAGCAGCUACAUACCCUUCUUCAGCACCUUCCUGUUUAACUGCCAGUGGGAGAGAGAUCGCAGGAAUCAGCACCGUGCCUCCAACCAGAUCUACGCGCCCGUCAAUGGCUGGCGGGAACUCCCUCCCCUGGAGAUCCUGCAGAAGGGUGGCCGCCUGGCGAAGGAGAGAGGGGGCCCCUAUUUGCCCACCAUCUGGGACUGGGCGCUGCGCUACACCACCCAGCAGAGGGCGCAGUUCAGAAAUCCUGCCUACGCCAGGGGCAGCGGCAGCCCUACUGUUCCGAAUGGCAAAUCUGCCCCACUAGGGGGCAACAAGCUGGAAGCUGCCUUGUCUGGGAACGGGGCCAUGUACCUGUUUGCCAAGGGGGCCCUCUCACCGCAGACCCACCUCUUCCCCUGGAAGAACGGCUCGCUUUCCAAAAAGGGCUGGUGGCGGGCUCAGUCCUCAGAGAGCCUCAGCGAACAGGACCGGUCCUUGAGGAGCAAACCCAGCGGCUGCCCCCUGCAGCCUGAGGGGCUGCUACUUCCUGCCUCUGCGGGCCCCCUGAUCCGGCUCUGGAGAAGGUGUUACCUGCGGGGGAGCCAGGAAGUUCAGCGCGGCCUCUUUGCCUCCACGCUCGCUGAGCUCACGGAGGAGCUGGACCGGCUUCGAGAGCGACUGGGCGACUGA